AAGCAAAAGAGGAGGGACAAAGGCGGGUGAGGGAUAAAUAUCCCCCCUGCUGUUCUUCCACGCAUCACUUGCUAUCUCACUUCAUCUUCUCACAAAGGUGUUAUUUUUGUCUUUCAGGAUCAACUCAGAUAGUCAAGAUGCCGGAGAAAGCGCCUGAGAAUAAAUCUAAAAUCUCAGCUUCUCGCAAGCUCAUGCUGAAGAGCUUGAUGGUGGCCAAGGCCAAAGAGGAUCUGGAACAGGAACUGGUAGAGAAAGAGAAGCAGAAGGAAAAGUACCUGGAGGAAAAAGCACCUCCCAUAAAUAUCAACUCCAUGAGCUUGGAGGAACUGCAGAAACUUUGUGAAGAACUGCACUCCAAAAUCGACGUGGUGGAUGAGGAACGGUACGACAUUGAGGCCAAAGUCACGCACAAUACGCGAGAGAUCAAAGACCUGAACAUCAAGGUUCUGGACCUGCGAGGAAAGUUCAAGCGACCCAACCUUCGGCGGGUGAGGGUGUCGGCCGACGCCAUCCUUCGCUCGCUGCUGGGCUCCAAGCACAAAGUGUCCUUGGAUCUGCGCGCUAACCUCAAGUCAGUCAAGAAGGAAGACACGGAGAAGGAGAAGACGGCGGAAGUGAGCGACUGGCGAAAGAACGUAGAGGCCAUGUCGGGUAUGGAAGGACGCAAGAAGAUGUUUGACGCCCAGGCUCCCGCCCAGUAGAUCUCAUUACUGAAUAAACCAUCUCAGUUCGUUUCAGUCCUGCAGACGGCGAUAUGCUGAGCGCUCAUUGAGCAUUUGUGUGUUCUCUUUCAUUGCCAAUAUAAUAAACACAACACACUCACAA